AUGAUUGAAGAUGCCCAUUCCUACGCGGUCCGUCUCGCUGCGGGAGCCCCGAAAGCCGCAUUCCUCGCUGAUACAAGCCUAUCCAACCGCCGCCUGCAGAGCUCGAGUAUCGCACGACCGGCAACGGAAAAUAAAUUGACGACCAAGACCACAUCCAUCCGACCGCCCGCUCUCUCCGCAAAUGACACCCGCCUGUCUCAACUCGGUUCCCCGGCCGAGAGCGACAGCUCCAACGAGACAGCGCCGUCGACGCGCGGACGAACGUUCCUCCCUCAACGAAGCCACUUGACGCGUGACGAGGGAAAUGGUGCCACACAGACACAGGUCCGAUUCCAAGCACCGGCCACAACCACGAGACUCCUGUCGCGACGGGAAGAAACAUCACCGAAAAGAUCGGGGCAGCAACUGACUGCCGUGGAGAGCGAUGAUACACGGCGCGUCCCUUCCACGGCCAUCACGAGCGGUGGUGCGCCCGGCCGUCAUCCGAGUCUUCGACGACCGAGCGCCUUGAAGACCGAUGCGCCCAAGGGCAAUGUGCCUUCCCUCACGAAGAGUACGGUGCCCUCACUGAGGCCUCCAUCAUCACCGCGAAAGACCUCGACAUUGCGAUUGCAUACUCAGUCCUCGACGGCCGGACAGCGGGCUGCUUCACCAAAGCGUACGGAGAUGCUUCCACCUCCUCGGCCAACACGAUCUGCCUCCCUGAAACAACCGCGGGAUGCGGCGGCAUUGACCUCCUCCGCCACAGUGCGAGGUCAUGCGCGACAUCGUAGCCAAGUUGCUCCGGUCAGUACCAAGUCGAUCGGACAGCCGACACCGUCAACUGCUCUGGCGAAAACUCGCGCGGCAUUGUCGACCCAGCAAUCUUCAUCUCCAACCAAAAGACUCGUCAAGCCUCCUACUCCAACGCCGGGGUCUACAUCUGGCCCCGCGGCAGGACUUCUCAUCCCGACUACCUGGCCUGACGUUGCCUCAUUGCAAACCGAACUGCUCCAGCUUAGUCUCUUCCAUUCGGGCUCGCUCCAGCAACAAGCCGAGUGGAAAUCCGCCGCAGAGUCCCGUCUGCGUCAAAAGUACGAUGCAGUCGCAAGCCAAUACCGGUUGAUUCUGGUGGAUGAGAAAAACAUUCAGGAGCAGCUGAACAUGCGGUCCUUGGCACAUUGGCUCCAGAAUUGCCACGACGGGGAAUCAAAGUCCCCUCACCAUCACCAGGGACUCGAGGGGUUCUCGGAGCAGAUUCAAAUAUUCUCACAGAUUGUGCAGGAGGUCUCGGAUUUAACUGCCUCUGUACCUCAGGGGAGGUACACUCAAGCCGUCGCCGUCUUUGAGGAGUGGUUUGAUCGUGCGAAUGGGAUUUCGGAGCAACGGGAACACGCCCAUCAAGGUGACCCGUGCUCGUUCAUCGACCCUCUUCAUCGGGGCUGGAAGACUAGUGUACGGGCUCUGCAGGCUGAAUUGGAUCUGUACGCGCGCCGAAUGCAGACUCUGCACAUCUUGUCCCCUGCGGAUGAAGAAGACCUCUCGCAGUCGGCCUUGUGUCGAGUGGCGAGGAGUAUCACAGAAUCAAUUCACUUGAUGACGCAGGAAGUUCGGACGAUGAUGGCAUUGGAGGAGGAGAUGGUUCUGUCUGAACGAGAGUAUGUGCGCCAGUGGGCGAAUGCGUCGGCCCGGUCCUCGAAGGGGAAAAAGGCUCCUCGGGCGGGUGCGUGGAGCCAUUCGGCAGGGGACGGACCUUUGUUGAGAGAGGGAGGAGGGAGAGGGUAG